AUGGCAACCAGAAGAACAGGGCAGUUAGUUCAACGCAGCACAGCUUCGAGCGGAAUAAUGCCAGAAGAUAACCCUGACAUCGAAGGAAAUGAAGGUUACGAAAGCGACGGGGAAUCUGGUGAUAGGAAAGAGACUAGACUCACACUGAUGGAAGAAGUGCUUCUGUUAGGACUAAAAGACAAAGAGGUAGUCUUUUUAAAACUGUUCUUGGUGUAAAUUUUUUAGGUCUUUGUUAACGGAGAGUUUCGCUUCUCCAAUUAGGGUUACACGUCGUUUUGGAAUGACUGUAUUUCUUCGGGCUUGCGCGGAUGUAUGAUGAUUGAACUGGGUCUUAGAGGAAGAAUUGAACUCGAGAAAACGGGAAUGCGACGGAAAAGCUUGCUUAACAGACGUGUUCUUUUCAAGAAUGAUAAUCUAACGGGUGAUGUUUUGCUGGACGAGGCCUUGAAACAUAUUAAAGAAACUGAUCCGCCUGAUACGGCGCAAAACUGGAUAGAACUUCUUAGUGGUAAGUCGAUUGUAGUUUAUUAAACGAAACACCAUCACAUUAUUUAUGCCAUAUUCUUAGAGAGGUUCGAUUUUCUCGCUAUAACUCAAAUACAUUUAACUUUGUGUUUCGAGCGAACGUUGUAGCUAUCGUAUGUUUUAUAAUCACAGCCGCGCAAAACAAUUCUAUUCGUUUUCUGGCGAUGACAAUGACAAAUAUUUUAUCUGUUUUUUUCCGUGACGAUCUACGGUUUGUGUGUCAGGCGUUGUGUUUUGAGAUUCACAACCUCUUUAGCCCUGUAGAAGCCUGGAAGGUUUCUCCGAAAAAGCUGAAUUCUUUUAGGUCAUAUGGUAAUGAGAUCUGUUGGCCCUGGAGAUAUUUUAACGUGUCACUAUUUAACAUAUUGCUGUUUAUAAUCAAAUAUUCACCCUGGAGUAAGUUUUCUAAUAUGAUUUAUCCAUGGGAUACCUUAACUUUUGGAAUAGAACUGUGACUACUUUGGCCAUUGCUACAGAAUUAGGUUUUCGAUAGAAAGACAUUAGUGCGUGCUUCUGCCUGAAACCACAGUACCAUACACGUUAAACAUUGCCACCAUUUGUUUAUUUAUGGUUUAAAUUGUGUUAUUAUUACCUCUUUUAUUCUAUGAUGUAGAGGUAAAGAAUGUAUGCUUGGUGGAAUUCUAAUUUGUGUAAGAUUUGUAGAUAUCUUGCCCUAAGUCCUAUGUUUCAAGUUGUCCUUUUUUCAAAUGUUUUUUCUUGUAAUCAGAAGUGUUGCAGUUGUCCAGUUCAAUGUUGAACUUCCUAGCAAUAGUUACCCUAGAAUUAAAACAAUAUUAGGGGUCUAGAGAGUCUCCUAUACUGACUCCUUGGUGUGAACAAAAAAAGAAUGUCUCUACACAAUGUUAAUACACCAAUACACUUCAAAGCUUAAUCUUUAUGAGAAGAAAGAAAAAUAUCAGCAAGGGUGAAUUGUUUCAUUUGUACAAAAUUUUCAUGGCUAAAGCUGCACAAAUUGUACAGUAGACAGUGCUGAGAAUUGGUAUUUAGAUAUUACCUGUAAAAGCUGUAGCAAUUUGAAAAUGUAAACUGUACAAUAGACAGUGCCAAGUGUUAAGUAUACACUGGUGCAUUUUUCAAAGAAAAAUUUUGGGGUAAAGAGUGCUUCUAUACCAUACAUUACACUUUAUUCAUUUAUAAAGAAUAGUUUGAAAAACUUACCAAAGAGAAAAAAUGGCUUGAUCAUACAUGUUUUUGCUAGAAGCAGUUUUUUAGUUCUAAAAUGUUUUAGAUUGAGAUUUUUGUGGAAAUACCUUUGAGACCUUCCACUGUUAUUUCUUUGACAGGUGAGACUUGGAACCCUCUGAAGCUUAGAUAUCAGCUGAGAAAUGUCCGAGAACGUCUGGCAAAGAAUCUUGUGGAAAAAGGUGUUCUUACAACUGAGAAACAGAAUUUCCUCCUGUUUGACAUGACUACCCACCCUCUUGUAGAUUCUGUUUCCAAACAAAGAGUAGUGCGCAAAGUGCAAGAGGCUGUUUUAUCAAAAUGGGUGAAUGAUCCUCAUCGAAUGGAUAAGAGGACUUUGUCACUUAUCUAUCUUGCUCACUCCUCAGAUGUUCUGGAGAAUGCAUUUGCUCCACUGUCAGAUGACGAUUAUGAACUAGCAAUGAAACGUGUUAAGGACCUUUUAGAUCUUGAACCAGAAGAACAAGCACAGAAACCAAAUGCUAAUGAGGUCAUGUGGUGUGUUAUUUCUGCAUUUAUUAAAUAAAGUACUGUGGGUAAAUGUAGGUAGGAUUCAUCUGGUGCAUAAAAUCACUUUUCACAGACAUGUGUUGCUUGAAGGAGUUCUGCCAUGACAUUUCAAUCUAUUAUCUCUAUCACGCAAUAUUGCCUUCAGCAUCAGAGAAGUCACAAAAUAUUAGUGUGAUGAAAUAGAAAAAUACCUAUGUGGGAAGAGUAAUGGAUCAUGAACAAGGAUGGUGAAACAAGGUAAUCUCCUGUACAUGCUCAGCAUAAACUUUUGAUUGGGCACAAACUAUGGCAUAACUCCUUGAAGUAAGCAACUCAGAGAACAUGGAAAUGUGCUCAAGCCAUUUUUUUUUUCUUUUUUUUUUUUCAUUUAGGUAUUCAUUCAUUGUUUCAAAAUUAGUGUAGGUUAGUUGGGUUGCAUUAUAAUUGCUUACCCAAAGCUGAGUACUCUUAAACAUGAAAAGCUGUUUGCUCUCUUUGUGUCCUUUUUCAAAGGGCUUGUAUACACACAAGUAAUGAACACUUUCUUGUUGGUCUAUGAUUAGUCAUGUAAGGUAGUUGAAGGUACAGUUGAGGACAGUAAUUAGGGCCAAAGGAAUGGAUUUUAAGAAAGGAAUUGAGUGUUUUUUAGUCUUGUGUUGUUUCUGUUUAUUAUGGACUUCUAGCAUACUUCAUGGAUGUUUUAAAUGAUUAAUUUGGAUAUUUGUCAGAAAAAAUAUACACAUCGGGGACUUUGUGAAAUGUUUCAUAGAUAAGCUGAACAAUCACGAUUGAAGUAUUGUUAUUUUUAAUACUAUUAAUUGUAAAAAUACAUUGUUCAUACUAAUUAAUACCUAAUAAAUAGCUGAGUAAUAUCGUAUUUAGCUCUUCCUGUAUACAUUCAAAGCCAAUGGGGAAUAAUUUAAAGGGAACAUUGUAAUUAUUAUACCUGAGAUCAUUAACAAGCAACAGAGUAGCAGCAUUUCUGUUUUACCCUGCUAGUGAUAGGUAUUCAAGGUAGCUGGUAUGUAGUUUGCUAUUAGAAUAUGAAGACAGAGAGGAGAUUCAGAUGGGCUUGUUAAAAGGAAAGCUAUGAAAUAUAGAGUGUAUAUGUCUGGAAGACGUUUUAUCCAUAAGAGUACCAAACAAUUGCCUUCUAAAAAUUCUCCUUCCCCUACAGAAACUCUCUUCUGCCACAGAAAUUGUGGAAGAGCACUGUAGAAUUGUCAUAUUUAUGUCUGGAAAUUAUGACUUGAACUUGAUAUAAACCUUCACAUUACUGAUUUUUUGACAAAUGUAAAGACCCAGAGAAUGGCUUUUUCGUUUUGCAUUCUUAAAUAUCAAUGCUUAGAGAAACCAUUGAUGUUCUAGCCAGGUUUUUGGGAAACCAUAAGAGUUUUCAGUCAUUUUGAUAUCUGUUAGAGAAAAGCUGACUGUAAUCAAUAUGUACAGUAAUGUUAGCUGUUCUUAACUGUUAAACUGUUGAAUUGGUGUUUUAAGAUUUAAGUCAGCCAGGUACCAACCUUGAUAAGAACACCAAAUAUUAUAGUAGAAUUCUUGCCAAAAAAUUAAAGACUUUUUGUCUUUGCCAGACUUCUAAAGGUUAUUCAUUGUGGAUUUAUCCAGUAGAGAAAAAAGUAAAUGUUGAUUUCUCUUCACCAGUUCUGGUUAGAGUUAUGUAACUUUGUAACCUGUGAAAAGAGAUGCAUUUCAUUACAACUGGAAGGUCCUUAUCUAAUAGGUUGGCAUACAGAGCAGGAGCAGUUUUGGUGAGCAGAUGCAUGUUACUAUCUAAGUGAAGCUGGUAGCUUGCCAUCUUUUGAUGUUUUACAACGGCAGAAGGUUGUGGAGAGAAAGAAACUUGUACUAAGGGGGUGAGUGAUAGUCAAAAGGAAAGAGAGG